AUGGCUGCGGAACUCAAAACCCUCUCUUCAGACGAUGUUGCUUCUCACAACACUCCACAGUCUUGCUGGAUUAUAUUAGACAAUAAGGUUUAUGACGUCACUAAAUUUUUGGAAGAGCAUCCUGGUGGAGAGGAAGUUAUAACUCAAUUAGCUGGACAGGAUGCCACGGACGCUUUCAAUGAUGUAGGACAUUCCCGUGAUGCCAAAGAAAUGGCGGAAGAGUACCUUAUAGGACAAUUGGAGAAAGAUGCUUCUCCUGCUGCUGCUGCUGCAGUACCGGAAGCUGCUGAGAAGCCAGCUAAGGCAUGCGGCUCAUCUUUCAUUGAUGUUGUUACAUCACCUACAUGGUCAAACUUCUUGAUUCCCACUGCGAUCGGACUUGUCGUUUAUGUGCUUUAUAGAGGAGCUAUGAAGUUGAUGGCUUAA